AUCGAUAUGAUUCUUAUCGAUAGCACACUGACAUCCCUAUUGCGUUGUCUAGAAAUUAAUAAGUUUUUUUGCACCAACUAAAAAGUUUUGUAAGGCCACCGCAGCAGAACUUUUUGGCCUAUGUGCGCCGUAACGCCGUAAUUUUUUGCCGUUUCUUUGCCGUUGACGUUGCCAUUGUGCACUGAACUGAAGAUUCUGGAGAUCAGAUAUCUUGGCAAGUAUGGAGAACGAACAGGAGGAGUUGCGCCACCACCCACGGGUCACCAUGUCGUUUUCAAGCCCUUCCGCUCAAGAAACCCAUUCCCCGCAGUUUAUGAUGCUACCUGACGGCUACAUGCUGUUUAAUCCAUUUAUGACGGCUCCAGUGCCACAGUCUACAUCUCCAUCCCCAUCAUCUUUCACCGCAUUGGUGGCACCGCGUCGUGAGGUUUCCACUUCCUCCGGAUAUGAGCCUACUCCACCUGUUCGCUGUGAAAAGUGCAGCUUGGUAUCUAAUCUCUGUCGAUGUCAUUGUGCUGACUCCACUCAAAACCAGUCGCAAGACUCGUCGCCUCAGUUCGUGGAACUACCCUCGUCAUCAACUGCCACUUCUAGAAACCGCCAGGCGGAACAGAAGAAGACUGAACCCCUUAAUUUGCAACACGAGAGCGACGAUGCUGCCGAUGAGGUGGUAGUCUCCAUUAAUGGAACAUGGCCAGCGGCCGCUAUGGAGGAGCAUGCCAUGGAUGCCACUGCGGUGGUGUACGAACAGCCCUCCAGUUCGCUGCAGCUGAGCAAUAGCUUUGAUGACGUUACGUCCAGUGCCUCGGACACGGAGCACGUCCAGUUCGCCAAUACGCGUACCACCAACACCACCACGACUACAUCGGCUGUGCAGGCGCAUAAAAAGAAGCCAAAUCGUUCAAGUGACGCCUCCUCGAAUUCCUCCUCAAGCGGCAGUGGAGGAUCAGGAGUAGAACUUGACGCAACACCCAGCACGAGUGCCCAAGCGCGAAGACAGCAAGUAGAUCGAUUUUCAUAUCGACGAGCUAGGGUUUUGGAACCGGAAAAUGAGAGCAGUGACGAUGGCUGGGACCUAAGGAUGCAUAACUCUGCCGCCCAGUCGGGACCUGCUGUUACCGUAAUACGAGGCAAUGGUAGGAGAGAAAUCCAAGCAGACGGUCACGGGGAUCACACAUACUUUAAUAGUCGUAGACCGGAUAGCACGUACAGACCAGCUGCUUCCUGCUCCACGGCCACCCACACAACAUGCAGCGUAGACUACGGAUCUCGAAUGCGCCAGAAUACUGCAUCGCCUUCGACAACUUCGACGGAUCAGGAUCAACUGGAGGCGGAACAGCCACAACCGCAACCAAUGCGUCUAUCAAGUGGACGGGGAAACUCUGGAGCAUUGUGGAAUCGGGCGCGUCCCACGGACGAAUCAGCACCUCCGAGAAAGAAUCCGCGAUUAGACAACGAGAGGGAAUCGCCGCCCAGUUCCUCAACGAAACUUUCGCCAACAAAUUUCAAUGCUUUUCAGCCGGGUAGGAGCAGACACCGCACGUUUGCCGAGCUGGGAACCAGCAAUGCUGCUCGGCCAUCGGAUCAAUCUUCAAACGGAUCGUGUGUAAUAACUUAUGUGGGCAGGCCACGGGAGCGGCAGUCCACCGGAGAGCCGAACAAUCUACCUUCAACGUCGUCAGGCAGGCGUGGAAAUUUGAACAACUCCAACACGAAUUCAAACCGGGGCGAUGCUGUGCUGACUGCUCCAGAUUUACAACUGGAUGAUUGGUCUUCCGACUCCAACGAAGAUGAUGAUGACGUUGUCUUCGUACACUCCACACGGGAGCCGAUACUCUCCAUAGAUCUCACCUCUGAUGACGACGGUGGCAUAGCCAAUGAGAGGCCGCAACGGGAGGAAAGGGUGCGGCAAACACAGAAUGGACGUAGCAGUGAGAGUGGAAGGGAAAGGCUACCGGAAGGUACACUCCAGGACGAACUUCGAAGAGAAAUACAAAGGUGGGGAGGUCCAGAAAGAGACGAGGACUGGAAUGCGUUGGAUGCCCGCGAUGAAAGGCGACCAAUUUUUAAUUACGCCUACCCCCUACCAUAUCCCCGUAGAUCGGAACGCCGAUCAGAGGCUGGUGAAGAUGGAACGUCUGCUUUUGCGUUCUACAGCGGCGCUCUUGCCAAUAGGCCUGCGAUCACGGACCACAACUAUAGCUAUGAACUGGACCAGUUGCUGGAUCACAGUUCCAGACAUUAUUAUCCGCCUCCCCGCUGCUCCAGCAUGGAUCCGCAGCGCUACUUCCAGCCAAUCAGUGAGCAGCCUCCCAUGUGGGUACUUGGUACGCCACAUCCACCACCUGCUCCCGGUCCUGUUCCAGCACCGGUUUCGGCGCCUCUUCCUCCACCAGAGAGCUUGGCCUCUGGGGCUGUCGCUUCCACGGCAAGCAGCUCCAACGGGUCCACAUCCAGUUCCCAGCCAGUCCGCCGGAGACGCAGUAGUCCGGCGAAUGUAUACCACCGUUAUCAGCCGUACUACGUUCCUCAUUAUGCAAUAACCCCACUUCCCACCGUUAUGGAGGCUGUUUACUCACCCAGCCCUCUUCAAUCCCUGCCCUCGACACAUUCCCAUCCCCAUCCGCACACCCAUCCCCAUUACCAGGGACAAGGCGGUAGCAGUCGGAGCUCAUUGAGCGGAGCUCUCAAUGCGGCAGCUGUUGCAGGCGCAGCUGCAGCAGCACAGGCGCAAUCCUUUAACGUUCUCUUGUCAAGGACUCACAACGAAGCCGGAAGGGGGGUGGGAGCUGGGUUGGAUAGCGGCCCGGUGGGAAACCCAUCGCCACCACAUCCGUUGGUCCAACAGCAGCAACAGCAGCGAAGUGCUAUUAAUCCCCCGCCGCCGGGAAUAGUUUCCUCUGUUACAUUGGGAGCAGCCGUCUCGCCGCCACCACUCCUCGAGAUGUACUCCGGCCGGAGUACCAUUCCGUAUUGCGGAUCGCCGCCAUUUAGCGUGAGAAGAUCGGAGGCGGCGUACAGCAACAGGCAGCACUACCAGCCUCAGCCGCAUCAGGGCCACCAGGCGCCGCAGAACCAAAUGCAUGCUCACAUACAUCCGCCGCACAGGGCCAGCGCUCUAGUGGCCACCUCGUUGACCCCAGCGCCGCCUUAUCCAGUUCACCAAAACUUGUGGUACCGGCAACAGAGCAUCCAAGAGUUGCACCGGCGACAUAUGACUCCCACACCCAUUGAUCUCUCCUCGAAUGCGCCACUACUGACAAGCAGCCUGCGGAAUGGGUACAUGCACAGCAUUUGCAACUGCGUCCAUGCGCGAAGUGGUCCGGUUUCCAGUCUAGAUCCUGCUUAUUAUCCGCCGUAUGAUGCUGGAGCUGUUGGAUCAGCCGCUCCCCCGCCGCCACCCCAGUCGCAGGGCAGUUCGAUUAGUAUAGCCGGUUCCGCUGGGUCCACGGGAGCACCACCCAUGCUUAGGAUUCCGACACAAGCGCAGACUUCACCGCCGCCUUCGCAUCUCUUGCAGCGACAGCGUGCGAUUCACCACCACAUGUUCCAUCACCACUACUCCCCGUUGCAUCUGGAAAUUGGUCUGGCCACGCCCCUAUCCCUAGGAUCUCGAAUACUUAUUGGACCACCGAGGCCGAAUCGCGGAGCCACUUUGGAAACCAUCGAGCGGAAUACUUUGCCCCAUAAGUAUAGGCGUGUGCGCCGGCCAAGUGAAACCGAUGAGGAUGCUGAGAAGUGCGCCAUCUGUCUGACCCUCUUUGAAAUUGAGAACGACGUUCGGCGCCUACCUUGCAUGCAUUUGUUCCACACCGACUGUGUGGACCAGUGGCUGGUCACCAACAAGCACUGCCCGAUUUGUCGCGUCGACAUCGAAACCCAUAUGGCCAAUGAUGCACUGGCCUCCAGUUCUAGCGGUGUCACGGACGCCGCCAGUAGUGCCGCCUUAUGACACUGUGUGCAUGGAAUCUUCAUGUAAUCCUCCUGGAACGAGAUCGUCGCGGCAGGCAUAGUGAGGAAAUCAAAUGAAAGAAAAGAAAAAUAAUCUUAAAAAAACAUAAGAACAAACCUUUAAAUAUUUAACCCACCACAGCACGCAAUUGCCACGAUUGCGUAGUUGCGAUGAAGAAUAUCAAAAAGCUAAGUCUGUUUGGCUCAAUUUCUUACUCUAAGUAUCAUAAGUGAUUCGGCAAAUUAUUUCCUAUACAUAUGUACAAAUUGUCCACGUCUUGUGAAACAAAAUUCUUGUGAUAAGAAUUUCAUAAAUGCGUAUAUUGUUAUAGAAUAGAAUACCCAUCAUGGGCGCGACUUAUAUUCUUUCCAGCCCACGCUUGUUAAACUUUCAAUUUCUGUCACACAAAUAGGACUCUCUCCAUAAAACAGGACGCGGAACCAAGUUUCUAAUCGGCCAAUGCAUUUUGUAUUUAAUUUUAGAAUCCCAAAUAGCAUGUUAAUACCUUUUAUGAUUUUCUAUUAAUAUUUUUUGUUAUGUUUUUAAUUAUCACAGCUAGUUGUGAUUAAAAUGAUCAAAUUAUUAUCUUCUGACAGAUAAAAACCGAUUAAUA